CAUAACACUGUCAAUCUCUUUUUUAACAGGGAAAAUGUUAUGGACUAUACUUUUAAUGGUCAGUGGUCUGCUCGCUCUCGUCAUGCUUUACUCUUCCCGCACAAGAAAGAAAAAUGAGCCACCAUUAGUCAAAGGCUUUAUUCCAUGGCUGGGUCAUGCCCUGGAGUUUGGAAAAGAUGCUGCAAAGUUCCUAACACGGAUGAAACAAAAACAUGGUGAUAUUUUUACGGUGCGUGUUUGUGGUCAUUACAUCACCGUACUGCUGGACCCUAACUCCUAUGACGCAGUCCUCGAUGACACAGCCUCUCUGGACUUCAGUCGCUAUGCCCAGGUCCUGAAGCAGAGGAUCUUCAACCUGAGACUACCCAAUCACAACCCAGACACAGAGAGGGCCUGGAUGGAACAGCACUUCCAGGGCCCCAGCCUGGCCAGACUGAGCAGCAGCAUGCACCUCCACCUCCAGACCCUGCUAAGGGAAGAGGAGAGGAGCUGUAUCCCAGCAGAGUGGAGGCAGGACGGACUUUUCAGCCUCUGUUACAGCCUGCUCUUCAGGGCUGGGUAUCUCACACUCUUUGGUACAGAGAAAAGCAACAACGUCACUGAACUCGCUGCUGUCUACAAAGAGUUCCGCAAGUUCGAUGGUCUUCUCACAAAACUGGCUCGUUCAACCCUUAAGCAAGAGGAGAAGAGGACAGCAAGCCAAUCCCAGGAGCGACUGUGGGAGCUGCUGUCCCCAGCCUGGCUGAGCAGAGGAAAGGGGUCAGAGAGCAUAGAUCAUGGGUCAGACAGCAGCUCCUGGCAGCAGAGUUACCUCAGGCAUCUACAGAGGGAAGGAGUGGACACAGAGAUGCAGAGACGAGCCAUGCUGCUUCAGCUCUGGGCCACCCAGGGUAACGCUGGGCCUGCUGCCUUCUGGCUGCUGGGCUUCCUGCUCACCAACCCUGAGGCCAUGAGAGCAGUGAAGGAGGAGCUCAGAGGCCUGGCUCUGCAGGAGGACGGCUCCCUACAGCACCACCUUCUGGACACACUGGAGCACCACAGCACACCUGUUUUUGAUAGUGUUCUGAGCGAGACCCUGCGUCUGACUGCUGCUGCCCUCAUCAACAGAGAGGUGAUCCAGAACACAACCCUUCGUCUGGCCAGUGGACAGGAGUACCACCUCAGACAGGGGGACAGGGUGUGUCUGUUCCCCUUCCUCAGCCCACAGAUGGACCCUCAGAUACACCACGACCCACAGACAUUUCAAUAUGACCGCUUCCUAAACGCAGACGGGACAGAGAAGAAGAAGUUCUAUAAGGAUGGGGAGAGACUGAAAUAUUACACCAUGCCAUGGGGUGCAGGCAACAACAUGUGUGUUGGGAGACACUUUGCAGUCAGUGGCAUCAAACAGUUUGCGUUCAUGGUCCUCUCCCGGCUGGACCUGGAGCUGUGUGACCCGACUGCCACCGUUCCUCCGGUCAACCCAAGUCGAUAUGGUUUCGGGAUGCUCCAGCCUGACGGAGACCUGGAGGUCCACUACAGACUCAAGACUCUGCACUAGGUCAUGACCCCUGACCCCACACACCAUCCUGAUUUUAGAUUUAAAAGACUCCAAAAAACGGUCAAUCAUUUCAGGUCCAGUACCAUCGUUGGGCCGCGGGUGUAAAAGAUUCAGCAGACUGCUGGCAUUACACAUCUGGAUAGAAGACUACUGUAGCUCUGCUGGAGUCACUUAUAUUGAUAACUUUGACACCUUCUGGAAACAGAAGAUACUCUACAGCAGGGGUGUCAAAGUCAAAUGGACGGAGGGCCAAAUAAAAAAUUUAGCUACAAGCCGAGGGCCGGACUGUUCGAAUGUUCAUUGAAAAUUUUUUAAAUGACGCAUAUAGUCUAGUGAACCUAAUUGAACCUACUGAAAACCUAACAAAUAUAUUCCAAUAUGAUGAGAUAAAUAAAGCAAUAUUUUCUUAUGGCU